UCCAACCACAGUCAUCUUUUUUUAUACCUAGUGGAGCUCCAGAAUUUCAAUCGUCUGAGUCUCAUCCCUACCAACCCCACCGAUGGCUCCCCCAACCCUGAUCUUCGGUCUGUUGGCUCUCUUGCUGGUCUCUUCCUCGCUUGGCAGCUCUGUAGACGCGCCCUUCAUCUUGGCCCACAAGAAGGCCUCCCUCACCAGGCUCAAAUCCGGCGCCGAACGCGUCUCCGUCUCUAUCGACAUCUACAAUCAAGGAUCCUCGACUGCAUAUGAUGUAAGCCUUACUGAUGGUAGCUGGCCUGAAAAUGUAUUUGAUGUUGUCAGUGGUAACACUUCAAUGUCAUGGGAAAGGCUUGAUGCUGGUGGUCUUCUAACUCACUCUUUUGAGUUGGAGGCCAAAGCAAAAGGAUUGUUCUACAGUGCUCCGGCUGUCAUUACAUUUCGCAUCCCCACCAAGGCUGUCCUUCAGGAGGCAUAUUCGACUCCAAUCUUGCCUUUAGAUGUUCUUGCAGAUAGACCUCCCGAGAAGAAGUUUGAGUGGGCUAAGAGGUUGCUGGCAAAAUACGGGUCUCUAGUUUCUGUGAUCUCCAUUAUGGUCCUGUUUGUGUACCUGAUCAGUACUCCAUCUAAAUCCAGUGCUGCGAAAGGAAGCAAAAAGAAGCGCUAAAUAUGAAGAUUGGAUUGUAGUUAAUAGCUUUUGAGGCCAAGGCAUGCGCCUCUAUUGCCAUUGUGCGUUUUAGUUUUGGUUUUUCUUCUUCUUAUUCGCAUUGCCGUUGAGUUAGGACAUUUGUUGGGAAUCUCUAAACGAACUAGGAUUUUGAGGCACAUAGCAGCUAUGCAGACAGCGGUUAAGUUAUCUUGGACACUGAAAACGAAUAGCAAUCAUGGUUCCUUUGGGCGUUGUUUUAGAUUAAUCGUAUUGACAUGAUGUAAGCUGCGUUGACAGUGCUAGAAGUUAUGUUGGGAAAGUGGGACCGUUGGGCAAGUAUAGUUGUGUCUAAGGGAUUGCCACGUCACAAGCAGGGCCAUGUAAUUUUUCAUGGUUAGAAGGUAGGGUGCAUCUUAUUCCCACCAGUACCAAUAUAAAGUCCCAAAGCAGCUACCGCAUCAAUGAUGACAAUAAAAUUUAACUAUGUCUUUAUGA